AUGGCUCGUUCAAGCAUUGUUUGCGUGAUGCUGUUGGCAUUGCUUUUCGGACUUGUUGCUGCACAAUCUGCAUCGCCGGCACCAGCUCCAGUUCAUUCUCCAUGUUCUCCUUCAACCAAUCCGCCAGCCAAUGCUCCAGUAGCCCAUACUCCAUCUUAUGCGCCAAGGCAUUCCGUCUACCCAUCGGCUUCUGCACCCUCUCCCGUCGUCCACUCUGCCCCGAUUAAGUCUCCUGUUGUGGCUACAACUCCAUCGAUUUCCAUGCCACCAUCUGAUGCGCCAGCGCCAGCCGAUAAUGCUGCCGUUUUCAACCGAUUUUCUACCUCUGGGACCGUUGCUAUUGGUGUCAUCGCUGCCAUUUUGCUCAUCUAG